UCUAAAAUGUAGGACCAAUUAACAAGGUUGAUGUGUUCUUCUUGUUCUUCCUCGUUCAUUAAUAUUUUGAUUAUAGCAUGCACGCUUCUCUCAACCCACCAGUCCAAGUCAACCUUCUAUCCUCUAUCAUCCAUUCCAAUAUAUAUAUAUAUAUGUGUAUCAGUUGCUUCUCGCAAACAACCUCACAAUCAAUCAACAGUUAAAAAACACAACUCAAGUACCAAUCUAGCUCACUUUGAAUAAGGACAUGAACAAAAUCCCCCUCCGCGCACUCUCUUCCCCUUCAGGAAUGCAACACCGUGGUAAGAGAUGUCGAUUGAGAGGGAGAAACUACGUGAGGCCAGAAGUAAAACAAAGCAACAACUUCUCAAAAGAUGAAGACGACCUCAUCCUCAAGCUUCAUGCACUUCUUGGCAAUAGAUGGGCAUUGAUAGCGGGAAGAUUGCCUGGACGAACCGACAACGAAGUUAGGAUCCAUUGGGAAACUUACUUAAAGAGGAAGCUCAUCAAAAUGGGAAUCGACCCAACCAAUCAUCGUCUCCACCAUCACACAAGCUACAUUUCCAGACGUUACCUCAAGUCGUCCUCGCAAAAGGAACAUGAAACCAAGAUCAUCAGUGAUCAGUCUUCUUCGGUAUCCGAAUCAUGUGGUAUAACAUUUUUACCCAUUUCAAGUACCAAUUGCUCGGAGGAUAGUAUUAGUACCGGACAAAGUCGUUUGCCUGACCUCAACAUCGGUCUCAUCCCGACCCCGACUUCUAAUUUGCCAGGUCGUUGUCUUCAGGACUCUAGCGAACCCUCUAACCAUGGUUCAACAGGUCAAGAAACGCUUAUUCUAUUCCAAUGAAAAUUUAUGUACUUCUUUGUAGUCAUCUUGCUAUGUAAUGUUAUAAUCUUCACUAGAGAGAUAUGUUAAUCCUGAUUUGGACCGGUUGUUCGUUGAACAACUAUUCUCUUAAA